CCACCAGCACCGCCGCUUUCCACUUCAGGCACCCUGGGCAGUAGGUGUCAGAGCCAAGACCGCAGUGUCCAGCGCACAGCAUGGCUACAAAAUGUGGCAAAUGUGGACCCGGCUUUGCGACCCCUCUGGAGGCCAUGAAAGGCCCCAGGGAAGAGAUUGUGUAUCUGCCAUGCAUCUACCGAAACACCGCCACGGAUGCCCCAGAUUACCUGGCCACUGUGGAUGUCAACCCCGAGUCUCCCCAGUACUGUCAGGUCAUCCAUCGGCUGCCCAUGCCCUACCUCAAGGACGAACUGCACCAUUCAGGCUGGAACACGUGUAGCAGCUGCUUCGGGGACAACAGCAAAGCACGCACCAAGCUAGUAUUGCCCAGCCUCAUCUCCUCCCGUGUCUACGUGGUGGACGUGGCCACUGAACCCCGAGCUCCCAAGUUGCACAAGGUCAUCGAACCCAGUGACAUCCAUGCCAAGUGUGACCUGGCCUAUCUCCACACCAGCCACUGCCUGGCCAGUGGGGAGGUGAUGAUCAGUGCCCUGGGGGACCCCAAGGGCAACAGCAAAGGAGGAUUUGUUUUGCUGGAUGGAGAAACAUUCGAGGUGAAGGGGACCUGGGAGAAGCCAGGGGGUGCCGCACCCAUGGGCUACGACUUCUGGUACCAGCCACGACACAACGUCAUGAUCAGCUCGGAAUGGGCGGCUCCCAAUGUCAUCCGUGAUGGCUUCAACCCCGCAGAUGUGCAGGCGGGAAAGUAUGGCAGCAAUCUGCAUGUGUGGGACUGGCAGCGCCACGAAAUUGUGCAGACGGUGCCACUGCAAGAUGGGCUCAUUCCCCUGGAGAUCCGCUUCCUACACAACCCUGCAGCAACCCAGGGCUUUGUGGGCUGUGCUCUCAGCUCCAACAUCCAGCGCUUCUACAAGAAUGAGAGUGGCACAUGGUCCGCAGAGAAGGUCAUCCAAGUGCCCCCCAAGAAAGUGAAAGGGUGGAUGCUACCAGAGAUGCCCGGCCUCAUCACGGACAUCCUCCUGUCCCUGGAUGACCGCUUCCUCUACUUCAGCAACUGGCUGCAUGGAGACGUGCGACAAUAUGACAUCUCCAACCCAAAGCAGCCACGCCUCACAGGACAGAUUUUCCUUGGGGGGAGUAUUGCCAAGGGAGGGCCUGUGCAAGUGCUGGAAGAUCAGGAGCUGAAAUCUCAGCCAGAGGCCCUGGUGGUCAAGGGAAAACGGGUGCCCGGAGGCCCACAGAUGAUCCAGCUUAGCCUGGAUGGUAAGCGCCUCUACGUCACCACAUCACUGUACAGCGCCUGGGACAAGCAGUUUUACCCCGAUCUCAUCAGGGAAGGCUCUGUGAUGCUUCAAGUGGAUGUUGACACAGUGAAUGGUGGUCUGAAGCUGAACCCCAACUUCCUAGUGGACUUUGGAAAGGAGCCUCUCGGGCCAGCCCUGGCCCAUGAGCUCCGCUACCCAGGAGGUGACUGCAGUUCCGACAUCUGGCUCUGAAGCAUCACCCCC